CGUUAGCUGGACAAGGGCAAACAAGUCAUCCCGUACAACCGCGCCUCAGAUCUCAAUUUGAAUUCCCGCGAUCCAAUACUCAGAGACAUCAAUCCGAAUCCGGUUUUGAAUUUGGCAAACCCGCCAUUGACCCCUUUCUACGGUCUCUCCUUCUCUUCUCCAUAGGAAAACUGAAGAAAUAUUAGAUUAAAAGAACCAGAUUUCAUUGCCUUUCGUGGCAGAUUUUUGAGGGAAAUGUCCUCGUUUGUUUCUCGGGAAUCUGAUCCAAAUGGGAGACAAUUUUACUGCCGUAAAGAGAAAUCUCUAGGAGUUUUGUGCACCAAUUUCUUGAGAUUAUAUGAUAGUGGUGGUGUUGACUCAAUUGGACUAGAUGAUGCUGCUGCCAGAUUAGGAGUUGAAAGGCGCCGGAUUUAUGAUGUGGUCAAUAUAUUGGAGAGUGUUGGUGUUGUAGCUAGAAAACAAAAGAAUCGAUACUUAUGGAAAGGUUUUGAAGCAAUUCCUCGUGCUCUUGAGGGUCUCAAGGAAGAGGGUUUCAGAAAGAAUUUUAGUGCUUUUGCUUCCUGCAAUUCGGCAAAGGUUACCAAUGAGAAUGAAAAUGAAGGGUCUUCUAGUUCAAAAACUGAAGGUCAAGAUAAUUCUUCAGUCACAUCGAAACCUGAGAACAAAAGAGAAAAAUCACUAUGGCUUCUCACACAGAAUUUUGUCAAGCUUUUCCUUUGCUCAGAUGUGGACAUGAUAACGCUUGAUAAUGCAGCUGCGUUAUUGCUGGGUGAUGGUCACAAUUCAACAGCUAUGAGAACAAAAGUUAGACGACUUUACGAUAUUGCAAAUGUUUUUUCUUCCAUGAAUCUGAUCGAAAAGACCCAUCACCCAGAUAGUAGGAAACCGGCCUUCAGGUGGUUAGGAUGGAGAGGAAACAAUGGACCUGUGACUUCUUUGGAUCUGAAACAGCCAAACAAGAGGAUUUUUGGGACUGACAUUUCAAACUAUAAUAUGAAGAGAAACAAAGGGGAUUCUUCUAUUGAUUGGAACUCAAAUCAGAAGGAAAAUGUUCCAGUGAUUAUUAGAUGCAAGGAUUUGGAAAAUGAUUGCAAUGAAAACAAACCAGAUCAGCAUACAAAACAUAGCUCAAAGUGUGUUGAAUUUGGCCCAUUUACUCCUGUGGGUGUGCAAACAGUUAGUGAUUCUAAAAAUAAAAUUGUGAGCCGGAUUCAGGACUUGGAGAGACUCGCUUUUACUUAUCAUCCUCAGUAUAACAAUCAAGUCCUCAGUGACCUUUUUGGUCACUAUGUGGAGGCUUGGAAAUCAUGGUAUGUUGAAGUUGCUAUGAAAGAGAAGACACAGAAAAGAUCCUGAUACUUUUCUCAGUUGCUUUUACUCCAGAUGACCAACACACAAAAUCAACAAAGACCAUACAUUUUCUUCAUUUUCUAUUUCUUCAGUUAUAGAGGUUCAUGGCUUUUUGUUGGAUGCAUUAUCUUGAUGUGCCAACGGGAUAGCCUUCAUCUUUAUUAUCAACCUUCUUAUUGUGAGUUUGGAAAGAAGAAGAAGAGCUGAGUAAUUGAUUGAUUGAUUAUCUUGUUUCUAUACUGAUCGUUGACUAUGGAAUAUAACAUUUAUUGUCAAUUUCUUUUCCCCCAUUAGGCUAUUACUGAAAUAUGGGAAGGGAACUAGCUAUCAGCUUCACAAUUAUGUAGAAGUUCGGAUCAAUUUCCACCAAGCAAUCAUUUUUUCCUGCAAA